AUAAAUCAAUGGUGCAUGGCAAUUGGCAAAGCAAGCAUAGAGAGAGACAUAAAGAUGGGAUUAUCAUCAAUUUUCGAAGUAGGUAAUGAGACAAUCGACACUAUAAAUGUUAAGAGCUCUUCUUCAUUGCCAUGUUCAUUGUUAGUUUUUUCACCAACAAAGAAAGCAUCCUAUCCAGUUUUACUCUUUUUUCAUGGCUUCAUGCUCCAACCUAGCUGGUACAAAUCCCUCCUUCAACACAUUUCUUCCCAUCGAUAUAUCAUUGUUGCUCCUCAGUUUCCUCUUAUGAACCAGGAAGUGAAAACCGUAAAGAAAAUAGCAGAAUGGUUAAUCAACAACCUCAAAUCCGUACUGCCGGAGAAAGUUCAACCGGACCUGGAGAAAGUGGCGAUCUCCGGUCACAGCAAAGGCGGUAACACGUCAUUCGCCGUAGCUUUGGACAGCUCAAUGCCUCUCAAAUUCUCAGCACUCCUUGGAAUUGAUCCAGUAGCAGGAUCCUCUCCCUCCUGUCUACGUCCUCCCUACGUUCUCGAAUACAUCCCUCGUAUUUUCAAUCAAUCAAUCCCUGUUGCUGUUAUUGGUGCUGGCUUGUCAAAUCAAUCGACAUGUUGUUUGCUCCCAUCAGGUGCGCCAAAUGGGGUUAAUCAUGCGGAAUUUUUCAACGAGAGUAAGCCCCCUUGUUAUUAUUUCCUUGCUAAGGAUUAUGGUCAUGCAGAUAUGCUUCAAGCUGAUGGAAUAAUGGCAAUUUUAAUCAGAAUUAUGUUGAAAAGUGGAAAAGGAUCUAAGAAAAGCAUGAGAAGAGCUGUUGGAGGAAUUGUGGUAGCAUUUCUUAAGGCUUAUUUGGAAGGUCAAAUUGAUGACUUAAAUGAGAUUGUUAAAUCACCUAAUCUUGCUCCAAUUAUUCUUGAUCCAGUUAUUUCUAUCAAGGAUUAAUUAAUUAAUUCAUUAGAAUUGGAUGUUAUCAAGUAUAUAUGUGGAUGUUUGCAUUUCUACCAAUCUUAUUCUAAAAUGUGGUCCUCUUAUUAGACCACAUUAAUGUAUGUGUACUAUGUUUCAGAAAUAAGUUUGUUUGUUUCGAAAACACUCGAAUCAAUAUGUCUCUUUCUUUCUU